GCUCUGUCGUGUGUCCUCCUCUGUGCUGCUCUCCUCCUCCUCCGUCUCCUCCGCUAGCUUAGCCUGCUAGCUGGCAGCUCAGGUAAACAUGGCCAUGUCGCAGGCUCUGUCAGAGGAGGAGUUCCACCGGAUGCAGGCUCAGCUGUUGGAGCUUCGGACUCAGAACUACCAGCUGUCUGAUGAUCUCAGGAAGAACUCUGCUGAACUGAACGCCGUCCGUCAGAAGAAUGUGGUUCUGGAGAGAGAUUUUGUCAAAGCACAGAAGGCUUUGAAUAAGAGCAAAAAAGCUCAGGAGGUGGAGGCGCUGCUGAGUGAGAAUGAGAUGCUUCAGGGGAAACUCCACAGUCAGGAGGAAGACUUCAGACUACAGAACAGCACGCUGAUGACUGAACUCUCAAAGCUGUGUACGCAGAUCGAGCAGCUGGAACAGGAGAACCAGGGCCUGAAGGAUGGAGGAGCAGCCUCUGCGUCCACCCCCCCACCCAACCCCGCCUCCAGUCCUGUCGAUGGAGAGCUGCUCCGCCUGCAGGCUGAAAACUCCACCCUGCAGAAGAAACUCAAAGCUCUCCAGGAGCGCUUCGACAAGGAGCUCCAGAGACAGACGGUCUCCCAGGGCAACCAAAGUGCUACCACGGAGACAGAAGAGUCCAGCAGUGCCAACGGAGUCUCUGAUGUCACAGGGAGAGGGGAAGAGCCAGCAGCAGAGGGAACCAAUGAGAGACUGGACCAGACGGAGGCUCAGCUGGAACUCACAGAGAAACAGCUCCACGGCCUGUCAGAGAAGAGCGUAGAGAAGAUUGUAGCUAAGCAGGCAGCGCUAGGCUGGUCGGCUGCUCUCUGUCCAAUAACUCACUGCUUUGGACCAGAGCUGGAGAUGGCACUGAACACCGAGCAGGAGGAGAAGAGGCUGCUGAGGGAGCAGGUCCAACACCUGGAGGCGUCCAAACAGGCUGAAAUCACCAAACUGCAGGAAGAGAUAACAAAGCUGUCUGACAAGUUAAAGAAGAAACAGGAGAGUUUUCAGCGUCUUCAGGGAGAGAAGGAGGCUCUGUACAACGACAGCAGGACAAAGAUCGACGAGAUCAACCAAAGGAAAGAAGAAGAGCUGAAGGCCACAAACAUCCGCAUCCAGAAACUACAGUCAGACGUCAUGGCAGCCAAUCAGCUGACAGCUGAGCUGAGAGAGCAGCUGCAGAGCAAAGAGAAGGAACAUGAACUGGCUCUGCACAACCUGAAAGACCAGGUAGCCAGUCAGAGCGCAGUCAGUCAGGAGCAGGUGGACAACAUCCUGCAGGAGAACGAUGCUCUGAGGACAAACCUAGCUGCUCUAGAACAGAUCCAGACGGUGAAGACGCAGGAGAUGAAUCUGUUGCGUGAGCAGCAGGAGGCGCUGACGGCCGAGCUGCAGCAGAGACGAGCUGAACAGGAGAGUCUGUUGGCUCAGAGGGACGACCUGGACUCCCAGCUGCAGGAGUCGAGUUUCGCCAACAGGAAGUUGUUGGAGCAGUUAACAGAGGAAGGACAAGAGAAGGAGAAACUGCUCAGAGAUCUGGACGAGGCUAAGAAGACAGCAGAGAAGAGGAAGGCCAUGUUGGACGACAUGGCCAUCCAGCUGAACCAGGAGAAGUCCGACCACAAGGAGGCGCUGUCAGACCUCAAGCUGCAGCAUGAGAAGGAGGUCCUCGGGGUGAGGGCUCGUUAUGAGAAGGAGCUCAGAGGACUCCAUGAAGACAAGAAUCGCUCAGAGGAGGAGAUCCGACAGCAGCUCAGAGAUGAAAAGGCUCGGACGAAGGAGCUGGAGGGUCUCCAGCAGCGGGUGGAGGAGCUGCAGGCUCAGGUUCUGUCCAUGGAGGGAACCAAAGGAUGGUUCGAGAGACGACUGAAGGAGGCCGAGGAGAACAUCGAGAAGAACUCUCUUGAGCAUCAGGAGGAGAUCCAACGGCUGCAGAAAGAACACACACUCCAGCUGGAGGAGAGGCAGUCAGAGGUGGAGGGGGUGAAGCAGCAGCUGGUGGAGAUGGAGAAACAGAAGGAGGAACACAACGACACCAUCGGAAAACUCAAACAGGAGAUCAAAGACACCGUGGACGGUCAGAGGAUUCUAGAAAAGAAGGGAAGUGCGGCGCUGAAGGAUUUGAAGCGGCAGCUGCAGCUGGAGAGGAAGAGAGCCGACAAACUUCAGGAGAGACUCCAGGAAAUACUGACCAACAGCAAGACUAGGACAGGUCUGGAGGAACUGGUCCUGUCAGAGAUCAACAGUCCCAGUCGGACUCAGCAGACCGGAGACUCAUCCUCUGUCUCCUCCUUCUCCUACAGAGACAUGAUGAAGGAGGCUCAGCCGACCAAUCAGAACAAGUCUGGAGGAGGCAGCCCUCAGUCUCAGCGUCCUGCUGAAUUAUCUGACGACGAGGUCGGGGAGUUGUUCCAGCGACUCGCUGAGGUUCAGCAGGAGAAAUGGAUGCUGGAGGAGAAGGUGAAACAUCUGGAGGUGAGCUGUUCGUCCAUGGCUGAAGAUAUCUGCAGGAAGAGCGCCAUCAUAGAGACCUAUGUGAUGGACAGCCGCAUAGAUGUGUCAGGCAGUGCAGUCGGAGGUCACGGAGGCUCUCAGGGGGACAGAGGAGGUCUGGGUUCAGUCCUCAGAGAUCUGGUCAAACCAGGAGACGAGAAUCUGAGAGAGAUGAACAAGAAGCUGCAGAACAUGUUGGAGGAGCAGCUGACCAAGAACAUGCACCUGCAGAAGGACCUGGAGGUUUUGUCCCAGGAAUUAGUCCGUCUCAGUAAAGAGAGCAGUCCUGGUGGCAGUGCAGCCGGAUCAGGAUGAGACUAUCACCUGGAUCCAUCCGUCCAUUUCCUUCCUUCUCACUACUAUUAUCCGCCUCAGCUGGAAGGUGUGGGCUGGGCUCAGACUAACACCUGGAACCAACAUUUCUUCCUUCUCCCACUUCCUGCUUUCAUGACGUCAGACCUGCUGUGGGCUUCAGCUACUGUCUGGAACUGCAGUGAUUUCACCAUCUCAGUCUGCCUGCUGGGCUACGACUAAAUGCUGGACUCUGUUGUUUCUGAAUGAAGAGAGGAAACAGUAAGUUUUUACGUCGAAACUACACACCAGAGGGAAUAGGAAGUUGGGCUCAGUUUAUUUAUGUUGCUAUUGAAUGUACUGUAAUUAGACUGCACCACUCAGUUCCUCUGAGACCUGGCUACAACCUGGAACACAUACAUUGUAACAGACUUAUGAUUUGUAUUGUAACGACUGUAAAUUUUUACUGUCACCGCUUUCUGUGUCCGUCUGUCGGGUCCUGGCUAUGUCCUGGAAUACACUUAACUGAACGAAUGACUAAACUUAUUGGUUUCUAUGUGCAGUCACUCUGUUGUGAUCUGGCUAUUUCCUGAGCUUCCUGUCUGCAACAGAAUACGUCAGUACUGAACACAGUGGGGUCUGUCUAUAACUUGGAUCAUCGGAGAAGUUUUUAUUGAGCUUUAAGAUUAAUUCCUGGAAAGAGAUGUUUGACGAAAACACAAGGAUUCAUUUAUUCCCGGAGCUUUCAGCCACGUCUCAUGAGCUUCAUGAUCAACUUUGUUGUGGUCAGGUGAUGAUGAAUCAUCUCUGUGACGACUGAGCCAAGAUCUGAGGUCAGACGCAUCAUCCAUGUGCGAGCGCAGAAACCCUGUGAACGCCUUUUCCCGCACAUUAUAAACGAAGAGUGUUCGCAUAUCACGCAGACGUCAGCGUUCACACGGUUUCAGCAGCGAGACAAUGAGGACGAGAUUAAACUUCAGUUCAGAGACAGAAAAACUGUUUUUAGGUUCUUUCCCAGUUUAACUGAUGGUGUUAAUUGUUGUCAGGCUGCGCAGCGAUCUAUUAAAUGUCAAAGUGUAUUUAUGAAAGUUAAUUUUAAAUGUUAUGUGAGUGAUUAAUGUCCAUCAUCAGGGCGAUACCGACCCAGAAUCAGACUUGACUGAAUCGUCGUACACAAGGAGUCAUACAUCUGACAGAAAGUUUAAAGAUGGCAGACACUUCUGUCAAAAUCACAUUGUCUCUCGUGAAAGAACAUUUGUGUUUCCCAGGAUGGCGAAGGCUCGACUGGCCCUACUCUGCCUCUGAUUGGCUCAGGGCUUAUUUAGGGGCCGUACACAUGCUGCGUCUUUUCUGCCCUUCAGUGUCACCACCCUCAAACUUCCAUGCGUCCUUUAUGAUGUCAUAGAUACAGCCAAUAGAUGGCACCAGAGGGCGGAGUCAAAGGUUUGACAUGGCAACAGUCCAGGUGACGGUGGAGGAGGUCGUGAUAAUGUACCUUCAAACGGAGGCAGAGUUGUAGACGGCGAUGGUCUGUGAGGUCUUUGAAUACAUCACAACAUUUGGACGGAGAAUUUUUUUUUUACUCAUUAUUAAAUUUGGUCUUCGUGUCUCGCUUGAACUGCGCUUCACUGCCUCCACGAUCUCUGAUGGUUCUGCUCUGUUUCGUAUGUACCCACAAGUUUUUAAGAAAAUGAGCACGAACACAGACGAGAUGAACGCAGAGUACAGACAGAAAGCUCCGUCUGUCUCCGCCUGUCUCUGUCUGUCUCCGUCUGUCUCUGUCUGUCUCUGUCUGUCACUGUCGCUGUCUGUCUCCAUCUGUCUCUGUCUGUCUCUGUCUGUCACUGUCUCUGUCUCAGUAUCUAAUGUUGAGCGGAAAUGAGCCCUUAAAAGUGGGCGGGUUGUUUCCGUCCAGCACUCGUUGUAUUUCCUCAUCAGAUGGAAGUCUGCACCUGGUUUAUCGUCCACAGAACGAGGCAUUUUGAAAACAAAAUAUAACGGGCCGCAGUGAGAGUCUUUCUAUGGGAUAUUUAAAAACCACAGGUGUGUGCGUUGAGUUCCUGUCAGGCAGGAGGCGGGGUUUAAUCGUGGCGGCGUGCACAGGAACAGUGCUCCACUAUGAUUUUUCUCCAGUUGAGGAUUACAAUCUGUGCUGGUUUUAAUUCAGCGUUGAGUAUUAAUCAGCCGUCACCCUGGCCAGUCCCUCUCCUCUCACUGAAACCGACCAAUCCAACCAACCAUGGCAGCGAGUACCAGCCAAUCAGAGCAAGAGUAGACGGGUCAUUGUCAUUGCUAUCCUUGGAAACGCAAAUUCACCUUUUGCAAUAAAUUCAUAGCUUCGACCCCCGCUGGUCACAUCAUGAUACUGUGUGAAGAAUAAAUAAAGAGUCCUGAGAGAGAAGUUCAAGCCCCGCCUCCUCUCUCACCUCCACACAGCCGACCAAUCACAGAAAAGUGGAUGUGAACGAGUCUGUAGAAACAACUCUGACAUGUUUGUUUCAACGACCUGUUCAAGACGAACGUCAGGGCGAUGUGACGGAACGAUCAGAAGAACGUUAAAUUAUCACAGAGUGUCUGUCGACAUUAAAAACUCUCAUCUUCUCUCAAACUCGUUUCAUCAGAGUGUGUUUGUCGGCCGUGGCUAUGUCAUGGAGCACAAACAGGCUGUACUCAUGUUAACAGACUGAAUGUUAAUGAUUUUUUUUUCUGUUUGUGUUGGGCCGUGGUUAUUUCCUGGAAAAAACGCCUGUUGUUCCCUGUGGAGUUGAGUUUUUGCGGCUGGGCUACGAUGUGGGACGAUUGUGCUUCCCGUCUUCUAUUUAUAACUUUUCACUUUACUGGGAUGUUUAAUUCCUUGUGGAAAUGCAUCUGCAUCUCCUGUUACAGAGCGUGUCUCAUUAAACUGUGGCACGGACGUCAAAUGGGUCAGACUAUUUGCAGGGUGUUACAGAACGCUUUAAUCCUCCUCAUUUGAGAGUUUUAUUCAAAAGAUAAUUUAGUGAUUUCAUUGGUUUAUUUUGAAAUUUAAAAAAGAAAUGCAUGAAAACAGGAAACAACUUUAAGAUCUGCACUUUGAGUCUGUUUCAGAUUAAAACAUAAAAUGAGUCAAAGCAGUUAAAUCCAUCUUUUCUUACUUUAGUAAAUGUCUUGAUGUUACCUUCACUUCCUCCCGGACAUUCAGUUCAGCCUGGGAUGCAGAAUGGCUCGAUGAAAACUAAAAUGUUUGUCUCUUUGCUUUUUGACAAUUCAGCUUUUUAUCUGUAGGGCUGUGUCUAAUUCUUGGAUGACAUGGACUGUAAUUUGUCUUGCACUAUUAUUUUAUUUUGUGUGACUUAUCUCCAUCCGUACUGGGGACACCAAAUGGUGCAGAAAAACAAGUGUAACUGUCAGCUUUGGCUGCGGGCUGGGUCUACUUCCUGCUUCAAACAGCAUAUCUUAUUUUUAUUCUGACUGUCUCUUUAAAUCUGUUUCUGUGACUCUGUCAGAAAAAUAAUGUUGAACUUUUGACAGGAAGUGAAACUCAAGCACUUCCUGUCUGCUCUGCCUUUGUUUAUUCUCUUUGAUAUUUUUUUUGUUUUUGCUACGUGGCCCCUGACUACGUUCUGGACUGAACCUCUGGCACAGGCUGCUUCUGGUGACCGGGCUCUGACUAUCUCCUGGACAUAAUGCUUGUGGCAGUCUGUGUGUUUUAUGUUGUAACUGCCUGUAACAUCUCUGCUUUAUUUUUGGUUUGUAAAAAAAAAAAAAAAGAAUAUCCAAAUUUCAGUCUGAUGUAAAGACGUUAAAAUGUGAGAGACGUCCUUGACUGUUUGCGGUGCAGCUUCACGUGUUUAAGGAAACAGACCUCAGAUCCUUCACACCAAACUUAGUGGCAUUAUUACACAUGGUUGAAACGAUGUGAGAACAGCAGGACGAAGUGGAGACGUCACAGUAUCGAAGAUAAAUCUCAUUAUAAAGAUAAAAAUAUUAACAGUAGUCGUAGAGUCGUCGAGCUGCACUGAAAACACACUGAUGUUUUCUCUCGGUCCAUCACUGGCUCAGACUGACUGAGCAGGAUCGGUCUAUGUGCUGGGCAGUGACGUGGCCUGUUGCUUUGUUUUGUUUGUAAUGUUUAAAUCUGUAUAUAUCUACACGCUGUGACAUGACUUCUAACUGUAUGAAGAAUCAACUGAUGUAUUUAUGACACUGAUGAUGAUCAUGACGCUAAUUAUUGUAACAUGGAGAACAUAUGAUAAAAUAUUGUCUGAAGACGA